ACAAACCAUUUGACAGAUGCUCGAAGUCAAACUCCUAACGUAACGCGGGCGGAAUUUCAGAGAUGUAAAGAUAGCUUACUUUCAAUUUGUAUAAAGAGAGGACAUGGCAAAAGGGCGAUCAUUCGCGCCGUCGAAAGAUAAAGAAGGAAACUGGUUUUCUACACGGGGCUGGCCGAGGACGCUUGACGUCACAAAGCUGCAAGAAAAGAAAGUAGCAUCCCCUCCUAAGAGAUUUAACGACAAAAACGAGGCCCCGUUCAAAAGAUUUGCUUUUUCAACACACGAUAACAGACAUGCAUUUCAAGAUCAAGGAGAAUACUUUGGAAACGGACUUGGACGUCGGACAUUUCCUGACAGAUGUCAGCACUACUCUAACAAUCUGAUCGCAUGGAAAACAAAUAAUGACCCACGCUCGUGCUAUAUGGCAUCGCAUCAAGGUCUCCCGGGAGAUGAUAACAGCCGGUAUAGACGGUUUCCGCAAGUUCAUCUUGAAGGAAAACCUGGUUCUGCUCCAUCAGAAACCACAACUACUAAGUGGUUUAAACAACCAGACAUUCCCUACAAAACGCCUCUACACGUAUUGGCGAUUACUCAAGAACCGUUUCUGUCUCCCAACAAAUGGGCAUAUUCGUACAGACCGAUAUGGUAUUAGGAGUAAUUGAUGAUGCCUUUUCACGAAGACUCGUGUUUCGAACUAAGGCAGGAUUGUGCCGUGUGAUUUGCACGAUUUCAAACUCAAGAUGUGCUUUCUUUCAAGUUUUACUUGAUAAAUCAUAUUUAACUUUUGCGUUCAAACUUAUUUAAAAUGAUUUUUUUGUAGAAAACUGCAAAGUUUUAUUUCCCUCAGGCUCGUGCCCUUGAAAUAAAUUUAAGUCACUUAUAGUAAAACUGAUGUUCUAUUCCACCUUUGGCACACUUGGAUAAACCCAGAGCAAAAAACCCUGGGCCAUCGCAAACCUGGUGGUUGACCCACAAGUUAUAUAGUUUGACAUUCUGUCGCUAGAAGUAGUCGCUAACGGAAUGCCGAUUUAAGUCACAAAAAGGCUCCCCUUAUCAGGCCACUUACACAAAACUGACCAAUCCGAUUACAGGAAACGAGCCCAAAGAAAUUCCAUAUCGUUUUUCGUCUAUCAUUUUUUGCUUUGGACCUAAGAACUGAUUGGCACAGAUAUUAGUUGGAAUCGUUGUUUUUUGCUCGUAAUGAGUAGAAUUUGCCCAUCGAUUGGAGCAAAUCUUUCCUCCAGCACUUCUCGUAUAGAAAGCCGCGGUUAACUUGUAGUUGAAGCUACCACGGAGAAACCUUUGACAACACUACUUCACAAUUUACAUCAAGCAAAAUCCCACAAGAACACUUAGAAAGGCUGUAGGAGUUUGAUUUGAUGUAAAGAGUAAAACGAACAGGUUAUGGAAACAGGAUUUUCUCUCUGACGAUGGGCUAACGCUCGAAAAGCCAGCUUCAGAAACUUUUCACGAUGGCUAACUUACAUUAUCACUGAACUCAAUGGAUAAAACCAAAUUAUCUAUGCAACAAUAAAGUAUAUAGGUAAAAUCCCGAUGAAGAUUUAACGCCAAGAAAACGCCGUCUAAACACUAACCCACUUAUUUGGUGAGAACGUCAAUAUGUUUUCAAAAGAGGGGUUUCUACAAAAAUAAAGAAAAAAAUUACAAAUUGCGAGGGCCUAAUUACGCAGCUAGUAGAAAAACUGAGAAUUUCUAGAGGAAAGUUUAAAAUUAAUAGAGAAAUGAAUAAUUAGUUCAGUUUUUAAAAGAUUCAGUAUACAAACGACUUCUGAAGCUUU